AUGGCGGUUUGCAUAUGCUCAGCUCAGCUCGCACCUCCGUCAUCUUCUCUGUCCUCAGAGCUCGUUCCCCUUAGAAGAGGAGACGGACUUAAGCCUCUUUCAUGGUCUUCUUCCUUUCCCAGCCUUAAGCUCUCUGUAAAUAACCCUUCGACUGUUAAGCGGAGAAAGGGUUUGAUAGUGGAAGCAGCCUGGACUCGAAGGUCCCGAGGGGAGUUGGCUACUCGGCCCAACAGGAAAUCAUGGAAGCAACGAACGGAUAUGUACAUGCGGCCCUUUUUGCUGAGCAUCUUCUUCUCCAAGCGGUUCAUACAUGCAAAGGUGAUGCACCGUGGGACGAGCAAAGUGGUGGCGGUUGCCACCACAAACGCCCGUGACCUUCGCAACACGCUACCUUCCUUGACCGAUGAGUCCGCUUGCCAGGUCAUCGGGCGGCUGAUUGCCGAGCGGUCAAAGGAGGCUGAUGUGUUCGCCGUGGCGUAUGAGCCAAGGAAAAACGAGAGGAUUGAGGGCCGCCUAGCGCUCGUGCUAGACACUAUCCAGGAAAACGGGAUCAUAUUCGUCUGA